GUGCCAGACAAGUCAUGGCAAUUUGACGAACUCACUCUCAGAUGAAAUGAAGCAGAAGCCUAGGUUCCAAUUCUUCUCAUUCUCCCUGCCAUUUCUCCAUCUGGAAUGAUUUUCUGAACACCUUCCACUGACACAUUGCAUCUUGUGUGGCCCAAACAUGGAGAAACAUCUGAAGAAUGUUCUGGUGGUUUCUUUUGGAUUCUUAUUUCUAUUUACAGCAUAUGGAGGGCUGCAGAGCCUGCAGAGCAGCCUCAAUGCCGCUGAUGGGCUGGGUGUUGCCUCUUUGAGCGUCGUCUAUGGUGGUCUCAUCAUCUCCUCCAUGUUCCUCCCACCAAUCCUCAUUCAGAAACUUGGUUGCAAGUGGACCAUCGUUGGCUCCAUGUGCUGCUACAUUACAUACUCUCUGGGCAAUUUCUAUCCCAGCUGGGCUACACUGAUACCUACAUCGUUGAUCCUGGGUUUGGGAGGAGCGCCACUUUGGUCAGCCAAAUGUACCUAUCUCACCAUUGCGGCCAACGCAUAUGCUCCGAAAGCAGGGAAAGUAGGAAGAGAUGUUGUCAACCAAUAUUUUGGAAUCUUCUUUCUGAUAUUCCAGUCUUCUGGAGUCUGGGGGAAUCUUAUAUCAUCUCUAGUAUUUGACCAGACUCCUAACAAAGCCGAACCCUCGGACGCAGAGCUGGCAUUCUGCGGUGCAGAAGACUGUGAGACUACAUCCAAUGUGACGAAUAGCAAUGGAACUUCAAACAGACCAACAGAUGCUUUAAGAUACACACUGCUGGGAACCUACACAGCCAGCGGAGUGCUUGCUGUGGUGCUAGUCUCUGUAUUUCUGGAUCGAAUCUCAUCUGACCAAGCAGAAAGUGAAGAAAAAAAGAUGCCGUCCUUUUGGUCCACUUUCUUGGCAACGUUCCGACAUCUUAAAGACAAACGCCAGUGUCUCUUGAUUCCUCUGACCAUGUAUAGUGGGUUUGAACAAGGGUUCCUUGCUGGUGACUACACCAAGUCAUAUGUGACCUGUGCACUUGGUAUAAAUUGGGUUGGUUAUGUGAUGAUCUGCUUUUCAGCUGCCAAUUCACUCUCCUCCAUGCUUUUUGGGAAGAUUUCCCAGUUCACCGGCAGAAAGGUUCUCUUUGCACUAGGUGCAGUUCUCAACCUUGCCUGUAUCCUAGGGUUCCUGCUCUGGAAACCUCACCCAAAGCAUCUCGCUGUUUUCUUCAUAUUACCAGCCCUCUGGGGUGUGGCUGAUGCUAUCUGGCAGACACAAACAAAUGCUCUCUAUAGCGAUUUAUUUGAAAAGCACAAGGAAGCUGCAUUUGCUAAUUAUCGUCUAUGGGAAUCACUGGGAUUUGUCAUCGCCUUUGGCUACAGCACUUUCUUAUGUGUCUAUAUCAAACUGUAUAUCGUAUUGGCUGUAUUGGUAGUAGCUAUGGUCCUUUAUGGAAUUGUGGAGUACCUGGAAUCCGAGACUUCUCCUGCAGCACUCAGCUCUUCAAAGGAGAAACCAAUCGAAUUUCAAGAAAAGGCUCAGGACACCCAGUUCUAGCCCAGCAAGGUCACCAACAGAAAACAAACCUAUGCUCCAGCCUUAUGCUUUAUUUUGCACAUGCAUUUUCCUUGGUUAUCUACGGGUACCGGCGAUGUCGAAAUCGACUGUGUGUGGUAGGACGAGUGGGCAAGAAGGCACAAAAGAACUGAUAUAUCGACCGAUGCAUUA